AUGUCCCUAGGUAUCAUCCAAGUGGAUGAGCACCAUGCACCUGGAACCUUUCUGUUAUUCAGUGAAUCAUCUGCACAUCUCUCUUCUCAGGUGAAGUAUGGCACUGGAAAGCAUGCAAACGUUGUCCUAGUUCCUCAGCCUUCAAACAGCCCGAACGACCCUUUGAAUUGGUCACAGUGGAAGAAAAGCUUGACAUAUAUUGUCUUAUUCGCCAAUUCAAUCAUUUUUUCCUCCAUUCCGCCGCCCGUGAUUGCUCCAUCAAUGGUCUUGAUGUCGCUCGCACUGAAGCGACCUAUUAAGGAUAUUACAAUGCUUACUGCAUAUCAACUGCUUACGACUGCUUGCUACGGACCAAUCGGAUCCGCUUUAGCACAAAAAUACGGGAAACGACCACAGUUUAUCUUCGCAUCCGUCAUGGGAUUUGUUGGAACACUUGUCUGUUGCACCACCACAGAUAACUAUAGUGUUCUGUUGGCAGGGCGGAUUAUCCAGGGCCUCGGCUCGGCGGUAUUUGAAAGUUUGACCGUUGCAGUUAUGGGUGAUAUAUUCUUCGUCCACGAACGAUCUCUGCGGACUGGUCUGCUAGUGAUGACAUGGACCUGCAUUAUUUCUCUAGUCUCGAUCCUAGGUGGCGUGAUAGCGGAGGGUCUUGGCUGGAGAUAUGUGUUCAUCAUUCAUCUGCCAUUUACCGUUGUUGGAUUGUUGUCAGUUAUAUUGUUUCUUCCAGAGACUCAAUGGAAGGGUACCCGAAGAGAUGUUUCUCUUGAGGCCGCUGCUCAGGCGGAAGGUAAAGAAAUGACAAAAAUCGAUCACGGGCAUGAGGAAAAUUUGCCAGUGUCCUCGUCAGCGGAGCCGAAGAAAACAUUUAUACAGGGACUUGCAAUCUUCAGCGGGAUUCACACAGACGCCAACUUGUUGCGGCUGAUUUUCGCUCCAUAUUUUGUGAUUAUCAACCCUGCAGUUAUCUGGGCGAUUGCUAUGGGUGGUGCAUGCAUUGGUUUUUAUGUGGCUGUCUCCUACAUUCUUGCCCAAAUAUGGACGCCUCCUCCCUACAAUCUGAAUGCUCAUCAGAAUGGUACUUUCUAUGUUGGUGCAUUAACUGGAGGCGUGAUCAGCAGUCUAGCCAGCCCAUGGCUAAGAGAUAUGGUUGCCAGGAGGCUGACCAAAUGGAACAGAGAGACAUAUGAGCCUGAGUUCCGCAUUCCAAUGAUGCUAUUUGCUGCUUUAUUCUGUGGCAUUGGAUGCGACGCCUUCCGGGAAAAUUCUACGGAGAUCUUCAUCCUCUUGAUGACAGGCAAGAACUUCAUUUUCUAUGGUUUCUCUCAAGUUAUAAACACGUGGUCAGUGGAAAAGGGCCCGAGUGACAUUUUGAGGACCUUCGGAAAUAUUACAAUGUGUCUCAUGGGUUACAUCACCUUUGUUGUGGAUAUUGAGCCCCGGUAUGAAAAUGAUGGCCCAUGUGCCGAGCCAGUUAUGAUCGGCCUAACCCCCGCACCCGACCCCACAUUUACCGCCCCAACAUUUUGCGGAGUGCGAAAAACCCUCUUCUGGUCCUUGCCAACGAUGCAGCAGGCUGGGCAAGCUAUGCCAACUAGGAGGCUCUACAUCCCGACCGUAAUAUCACACUUCGAAAGAACGAUACGAGCUUCUGGUGUCCGUGACACCCUGCCAGCUCCAGCGGAAGGCUCUCCUGCCCCUUCACAACCUACCGCUGUGGCCACCUCAAGUGGUGGGCCGGGCCCGUGGCCGUCGGAGACUAUCACCCAAAUGAAUACUCCUCCAGCAUCCUCAAGUUCUCCCCAUCCUCCCAGUGAGGAAUGUGGAAUCGAAGACUUGGAGAAUACAUUGAUGGUGGAUGCUAUGAAUAUUCCUCGUGAGUCCAACAUCUAUUUCACUGUCCCUUAUCUGGGCGCCGUUGGCUCAUCUAGUUGCACCACUCUCAAUGCCAAAAUAAUCUCCCAUUUGUCCAAAGAUACCCGCGGCCUAUCACCCUUCAAUGACAAUGCCACUCCGUCGUUGUUUGAUGGACAAGUGAUCUCUUAUCGAAAUGCAGACUAUCUCCCCAAUCGCAAGGCGCUUGACCAAGCAGCCGUGAGAUUUUUUUCAGAGAUCAACAGCGUCAUAUAUAUCCUUGAUCAGGAUAGAUUCCACCUUUGGCUUGAUAACAUGUAUGGUGGAAAUGGGGUGCGUGCAUCCGUGCUGGUCAUAUUGUAUCUGGUCAUGGCCCUCUGCGGCGAUGAAGACCCCAGUUUUCACAUUGCUCGAUCCUACAUGGAUGAUGUGAUAGAGGAAUCGAGCUUGGAGAGUGUGCGGGCAAUUAUGUUGAUGAGCUUGUACCGCCAAAGGGAGAAUGAGCGCAGUGUUGCCUGGGCGAUGCUGGGAGUGGCAAUCCGAAUAUCGCUGUCGCUUGGCCUUCACCAAAGUAUAGGCUACGCGCACGACACUUCCAUAUACGGAUCAGAAAUUAAGCGACGUCUUUGGUGGUCCCUGUGCGACUUUGACAACCGGAGUUCUUGCAUGCUGGGACAACCCUCUGGCCUUGGUCGCACGGAUAAUGCUGUCUCUCUACCUUCACAGGAAUUCAAUACUACACCCUAUACACCGCCUGGAUACGCCACUAGUUCAGCAUCUCUUGGUAUUCUGAUUGGCCAGAUAUCCCAGCAGCUAUAUUUCCAAAACGACAAUUUGAGAAACAAGAAGCAGUUGAGUAAUGAGUUUAUCCAAAAAGUGGGAACAUGGCACAACGAACUGCCCGAUCACCUUCGCCCAAAUUCGGCAUUCCCAUCCUCCUUUGCACGUGCCACAUUAUAUUUAAACCUCAAAUAUAAUUACGCCCGUAUGCUUAUCGGGAGGCCUUACAUGGUCCAUUCGAUACUUUGCAGCAACAGCCAUGACGCUUUUUUCGAAUUCCGAGCAGAGACCUGUGAAGCUGCAAAUCGUGAGUCCAUCGAGAUCUUAAUGGAAUUCUACCGCCGAGGUCUUUUGUCGACAUAUCUUUGGCUCGAUACAUACUUCAUCCUGGAAACAGCAAUAGUCCUAUUUCUCCGUGCUGUCGAAACACCGAGUGUGAAGAACGAGUUGAAAUCAUUUCUGCCUGUUUUGAAAAUGUGCGAUCAAAGCCAGAUUGGAAAAUACGCUGCUGAAAAUUUCGAAAAGUUUCUGCAUAAUUUGGAGAACGGUAUAACGGAAAGACCUACUCUAAAUGUCGCAAAUCCGUUUCCUCAUUCAUCUACGCUCGGUCAUAUGAGUGGUAGUUGUCAUGAAAUAAGCUACAGUGACUUGGGAGAUCUCAACGCCCUUGGCUCUGAGUGCUUCGGCUUUGGAGAAGAUUUUGACCUGGACUUAUGUGCAGCUUGGGAUGCCUUGGAAUGA